AUGGAGGCUAAGGAGCUCGCUGCAUCAUCUCCCCAGAGCUCCACAGCGGCCAUGGAGAGUCUUAAGAAGAGGGGAAGGAACAAGUACGCCAUCGCUUGUGCCGUGCUUGCUUCCAUGACCUCGAUCCUUCUGGGCUACGGUGAGGGCGAACUUGUCUACAUUGAAUAUUGCUGGUUUGGGUUAUUCUGACAUGCUUCAAUAUUCUUCAGAUAUCGCGGUGAUGAGUGGGGCUGCUCUUUUCAUCAAGGAGGACCUAAAGAUAGACGACACCAAGCUGGAGAUUCUAGCGGGAAUCAUCAACCUCUACUCUCUCAUCGGAUCCUUCGCUGCGGGGAGAAUAUCCGAUUGGAUCGGGAGGCGCUGUACCAUCCUCAUCGCUGUCGUCAUCUUCUUCGUCGGCGCGCUCCUGAUGGGGCUGGCGCCCAAUUACGCGUUGCUAAUGGUCGGUAGGUUCGUCGCCGGGGUUGCCGUCGGGUUCGCCCUCGUCAUAGCGCCUGUGUACACCGCCGAGGUCGCGCCGACCGAGGUCCGUGGGUUCCUCACCUCCUUCUCGGAGGUAUUCAUCAAUACUGGAGUCAUGCUCGGGUACGUCUCCAACUUUGCUUUCGCCGGCCUCCCGAAUCACCUCAACUGGCGGAUGAUGUUCUGCGCCGGCGCCGUUCCGCCGGUGUUCCUCGCCGCCGGGGUGAUGGCCAUGCCGGAGUCCCCCCGGUGGCUUGUCAUGCAGGGCCGGCUCGGGGACGCUAAGCGGGUCCUCCACAAGACUUCGGACAGCCCAGAAGAGGUCGAACUCAGGCUGGCAGAGAUCAAGGAGGCCGCGGGGAUCCCCGCGAGUUGCACCGAGGACGUCGUCCCCGUCCCGAAACGAAGCCACGGAGAAGGAGUCUGGAGGGAGCUGCUGAUAACGCCGACGCCGACCAUCCGUCGGAUUGUUCUCGCCGCACUCGGAUUGCAGUUUUUCCAGCAGGCCUCCGGGAUAGACUCGGUGGUGCUGUACAGCCCUCGCGUGUUCGAGAAAGCCGGCAUCAAGACGAAGACGAACACGCUGGGCGUGACGGUGGCGGUGGGAGUGACCAAGGCCUCCUUCAUCCUCGUCGCGACCUUCCUUCUCGACCGCGUGGGCCGGCGGCCAUUGCUGCUGACUAGCGCCGGCGGCAUGAUCAUCUCCCUGCUUUUAUUGGGACUGGGGCUGAAAGUGAUCGAUCACCACCCGGGCGAGCACCUCAUCUGGGCUGUCGCGCUUUCCAUCGCCACUGUCCUCUCAUUUGUCGCGUUCUUCUCCAUCGGGCUGGGCCCGAUCGCGUGGGUGUACUGCUCCGAGAUCUUCCCGCUGAGGCUGCGGGCGCAGGGGAACAGCAUGGGCGCCGCCAUGAACCGGACGAUGAGCGGCGUCAUCGCCAUGACCUUCUUGUCUCUAUCCAAAGCCAUCACCACCGGGGGGGCCUUCCUCCUCUACGCCGGGAUUGCCAUUGCCGGCUGGGUCUUCUUCUUCUUCUUCCUCCCGGAGACCCGAUGGAAGACUCUAGAGGAGGUGGAGCUGCUCUUCGCCCGGAAGGAAGACGCGAACGUGCCUCGGGACACUGCAGACGGUCAACUUGGUAAACGCAGAACCAAAGCGGAGCCCUUGGAAGACGAUCAUAUCGUGACGCAGGCAAGGAUACUCCACCCGAGCAACACAAGCUGA